CGGGACUUGGUGCCAUUUCAGCCAGCUACUCUACUUGCCAGUCGGCAAAAGGCGGUAUCUGCUGCUCCUUUCUCUAGCAGUGUCUCAUGUCGACGACGGCGCCGGAGCCGCACGUCCUGGCUGUGGACGAUAGCAUCGUCGACCGUGCUGUCAUCUCACGGCUCCUCCGCAGCUCCAAAUACCGAGUUACGACGGUGGAUAGUGGCAAGAGAGCAUUGGAGGUUCUCAGUCUGGAUCCCUGCAAUGUGCACAUGAUCAUCACGGAUUACUGCAUGCCGGAGAUGACCGGCUACGACCUCCUCAAGAGGGUCAAGGAGUCGGCGGAGCUGAGGGAGAUCCCGGUGGUGAUCAUGUCGUCGGAGAACUCGCCGACGAGGAUCCGGCGGUGCCUGGAGGAGGGUGCGGAGGAGUUCCUCAUCAAGCCGGUGCGGCCGUCGGAUGUGUCGCGGCUCUGCAGCCGCGUCAUGAUGCAGUAACGUAGCUGGAGGAAUCAAUAGCUGACAAAGAUCGAAGAGCAGCAGAAGAGAGUGUAAUGUAGACGAUCAAGAUUCAGAUUGGAGGAUUUGUAUUCAAGGCACAUCACAUGAUGGAGACAUGCAUGGCUAACGACAGUUGGUCCCAUUUGAUUCAGCUCAGCUGAUUAACAAAGGAGUAGAUCAUAUCAUGGGUCCUUUUGACUCAGGUGGAACGGAAACGAUGUACCUAUAUGUACAUUUCCUAUACCUAAUGACUUUAGCAUUCAAAUUUUGAUUCAGUAAGAAACGAUAUAUACUUCAACAGGACU